AUGACCUCCACAAAGACCGGCCCACCACCUAGGCCUCUAGCUGCCCCCAGGCCUCGAGACGUCAGUACCCCGCGGCCUGAAGCCCGAUCAGCAGGAACAGCCGAAAGAGCUGGUAGAAAUGAAAGUCUAGUGGACAUGGUUCGUUUCUUCCAGACUCAAAAUAUACCUGUUCAGCCCCCUCCAUCUCGACCUCCAUCUCGACCCCAUUCUCGAGCACCUUCUCAGACUCAACCCUCGAGCCCUUCCGAUACAACCACGGCACUCCCGGUUCCUAUCUCGCCUGAACCAUCGAAGCCAGAAUUGAAGCCAGAUCCGAAACCGGAUCCAAAGCAGGAACUGAAGCCAUUCCAUCGUCGCCUCUUGCAGUUUGCACAGCGCCAAAAGAAGGAAUCAACGCCCAGAUCAAAAGAAGAAGAACAACGGCGCCAAAUUGAAGCACUAACAAGGGGAGGAUUUAUUACCCCAGACCCUCCUCCUCCAAAGGUGUCAAAGGCACAAAAAGAGGCAAAGAGAUCAAAAGAAAGAGUGUCACCGUCUCUUUCUCGAUCUCUUUCUAAAUCAAAGAAAGAUGUGGAGAACAUUGGACAGCCAUGGUUGCAAGCCAAAGUCGAUACCAACAGGCGAUCAACUGAGACAAGACGUCGCUUGGCCUCUUUGGAUCUUGAUGACUUUGGCUCAAUGGUCGAUGUCGCAGUCUCACUCACAUCCGAAUUUGACGAUUCUAUGCCGCCACCAUAUCAGCCAAGUGAUCAAGCCUCCCCCCAAUCGCCAUCAGCUAUCCCGGUUUCAAGUUCCAGGGCAGAUCCUGGUCCUCAAGAUAUCAUCCGGCCAGCUUCUUCAUUGGCUUCUACCAGUCAUUCCUAUAGGAACGUCUCAACCGAUGAGCAAAUCCGACGUCCAUCUACCUCUGCAGAGCCAAGUGUCCGUGCUGACCCUGUCUCACGAGUCACUGCCAAUGCAUCCUUGAGUGUUAGUGUGACAGAAUCGCAGUCUAGACUGUCCAUUGAUAGCCAAAAGCGGACUCCGUCAGGCCAAUCUUCGCUUCGCAAUGUGACACCCUUGUCACCCACCUUGAAACUGUUCCCUAACGUUGCACCUCCUCGCAAAUCGAGUAAGGGUGCAUUGCGAAAUUCAUCAAUUCCUCGGUGCCAAACGAUUGAAAAUAACACGGCAUCUCUGGCAUCUCCACCAUCCCACUCGCGAAUUGGACCUUCUGACCAGGUACCUGAAGUUCAAGAUGAGCCACACAAAUCGUCAGAUGGUUCAAUAGACGCCCCAAUCAACGAGGCAGAACCAAAGUGCUCAGAUGUUCUUGCACCUUGUUCCACAUCUUCUGCGGCGGCGCCAUCUAUAGAAAAUGCCACCAAGGAGCAAGAUGAGUCUAAAACUCGACCGCUGUCGUUGUCUCUGGGCACGCUGAAGGCAUUUCCUCUCCCAGCGCCUACAAGGCCCCUGCCAUCGCUGCCCGAAGCUAAAUGCUCGCCGAGUCCUCCGGACACCAACGCCGGCUCUGUUCAAGCGAUUAGUUCAAGGCCAUCGUCAUCCAAUCUACAUUCUUCUUCGGCAACGCUAAUUGAAAACAAGAAGAUCGAAUCCGCUGUCGACAGCCUUGGUACCCUUGACUCGCCUCCGGCGACCGAUCUUGGAAGCGUCGAUGCUGGAGAGUCAAUGGCCGAUGACGAGGAAAGCUUGUUUACCACUUCGCUUUCGGAACACUACCAGCCAACCCCGGAACAUUGCACUCCAAGAGGACGUGUUUCAAGCGUGCGCAUCCCUCGAAUGCAAGAACUCCCUGAAAGCCCUUCAAGUGAAUGUUAUGCAGAGGUGUCAGAGGGACAGCCUCUAGCUGACUCUCCUGUACUCGGGCACUCUACCCCUACCAAGCCUAAUGACAAACGUGCUGCUCUGAAGGAGCUUCAGAUCAAUUCCCAAGUCAGCCGAAAAAACCUCCCAUUCGGUCUACCAUCGCCUCCACCCACUGCAUCACUCCCAUCAGCUCCACCUCCUCAGCACCCACCCCCUGCGCCUCCUGGGCGAAAGGCUGGCCAACACAAAUACACUGCGCCUAACGUGGCUGUCCUGUCGUCCAUGAGGAACAUGGAAGCGCAUCCUGCAACGGGGCCCUACCGAGGCUCGACCAUAUCCCGGAGCAACAGCUCAGGGAGCAGCCUCCGACAUGAGAGCUUCCCCGAAACAUACCAACAAAGUCGCCCUGAAUAUCGCUCCGAGUCUCCACUUCCAUCAUCAGACGAUGAGGUUUUUGGUCCAGGGGCAAACACCAAACACUCGCGUCGGGAGGGCGACAAAUACCAGCGCAUUCAGCCAACACGCCGAGGAUAUGAGACAAUGGAUCCACGACAGAUAUCCAAUAGUCGACUUCGUUACCCCAAUCCCGCGCGCCCUAUGACACCCCAAAGCCGCAGCGUCCACAGUAUUGAGAGGACUGCGUCCCCUCAGUCACAAUAUUCUCAAUCAACCCACAGAUCAAGGGAGUCCCAAAGCAGCCAAAACCCCCGUGCUGCUCCUCAAAUGGAUCACUACCUCGAGGACCGGGUCGCGAACCUGGAACGCCAGAACCAGAUUCUACAAGCCGCUCUUAUGGCGGCGCUCAACGCUGGAGUCAAAAGUCCUCUCGAUGGUCUCAAUCUCGACCCGAACAUGUCAUCGGGCUUCCCACAUGCUCCCUUCCCGCAUCAAUACUCCGGUCGUCAUGCGGCACGGCCUGAUAGCUGGGUCAGCUCUUCUCGCAGCAGUGAGCACAGCGGGUUUGAGACUUCUAGCUCCCACCGAGAUACCCGGGCAAACGUCAAACAGCUGGACAACAUGAUCGAAGACAUUGAGUCUGGUUGGUUGUCGGACAAGUCCAGUUUCACUGGGGCUCGAAUUUCCCGCAAACGAUAG